AUGACUACCGACUUGAGCCACGGCGGCCAGAUGAUCGAGUACAUCCAAGAUCGUCUUUACCUCGCAUCCUACGACUCUGCUCCCAGCUCCAGGACGCCGUUCCCUUUCCAGUUGGAUCAGCCCAAAUCCCCAAGCAAGCGUGCGCGUGCGCAACCCGCCACACCAAGCAAGCGCCGAUCACCCGUGUACUUCACCAUUGACGACACUUUGCUCUACAAUGCAUUCCACGCUGAUUUCGGUCCUCUCCACAUCGGUCACCUGUACCGGUUUGCUGUUCUGUUCCACGAGAUCUUGGGUGACCCAGCCAACAGCGACCGCCCUGUGGUGUUUUACAGCAAGACUGAUGCGCGCAGUCGGGCAAACGCAGCUUGUCUGGUCGCAUGCUACAUGGUGAUGAUCCAAUCGUGGCCACCCCAUCUGGCUCUGGCGCCCAUCGCGCAGGCUGAUCCCCCCUACAUGCCUUUCCGUGACGCCGGAUACAGCCAAGCGGAUUUCAUCUUGAACAUUCAAGACGUUGUGUAUGGCGUGUGGAAGGCCAAGGAACAGUCCCUCUGCGGGCUUCGCGACUUCAACCUCGAGGAAUACGAGAAGUUUGAGCGAGUUGACAUGGGUGAUUUCAACUGGGUUACCCCGGAUUUCCUUGCCUUUGCUUCCCCCCAGCAACAGCCAGUCGCACCCAUCCCCGUCAACACUCCCGAGUACGACGCAUUGCCCACCACGAUCUCGGAGAUCUCCUCAUCUAAGCUCCCCAUGCCAUUCAAGAAUGUCCUUGCCCAUUUCCACCAGCGCAAUGUGGGUCUUGUCGUGCGACUCAACUCAGAGCUCUACUGCCCUUCAUACUUCACCGCAAUGGGAAUCUCUCAUAUUGAUAUGAUCUUUGAGGAUGGCACUUGUCCUCCCCUGCAACUCGUGCGGCGCUUCAUUAAGAUGGCCCACGAGAUGAUUACUGUGAAGAAGAAGGGUAUUGCAGUCCACUGCAAGGCUGGUCUCGGUCGUACGGGCUGCUUGAUUGGUGCCUAUCUGAUCUACAAGUAUGGAUUCACUGCCAACGAAGUUAUCGCAUUCAUGCGUUUCAUGCGUCCUGGCAUGGUCGUUGGACCCCAGCAGCACUGGCUUCACCUCAACCAGGGCUCUUUCCGUGAAUGGUGGUUCGAGGAUAGCAUGCGCGAGAAGCUCGCUCAAUCCAUGCCAGCCACCCCAAGGGUCUCCACCAAGAAGCGCAGCAGCAACGGCGUGGUUUCUACUCCUCCCAACAACAGCCACUCCAAGCGCGCAGCACUCGGAGAGAUCGACAACAACGAUGCGGCCGCUUACCCAGACCAGGAUCUUCCCGCGCCGACACCCGGUCAACCUCGCAAGUCCCACCGCAAGGACUCACGCCACCACCCUUACUCUCGCACCGCCUCAGGAAACCUGGCCGUCGAGAGCGAGCAGAGAGUCCCCCGCAGUCACCGAAAGAGCAACGAAAGUAGCGAGAGCGAGGAAGAGAUUCAGCUCCGCAGACUCGCCAAGCGAUCUUCAAGAUCUCCCGUCGCAUCACCCACGUCGCGGUCUAUCAGCUACUCCGCAACUGUCACGGCUAGUUACACCCUCGCCGAAGACAACCACCAUGACCAAGAGAACUGGGUUGGCCACUCGGCGCCGAAGACUCCAGUCAGCCGGAAGAGCGGUACCGCCCCGAUCUCUGUGAGCAAGGUCCGCUCGAGCCCUCGCCGAGUGACGGACAGCAACCGCAGCGAGUCUCGUGGGGUUCGCAAGCCCAGCGGCCGUGUCGGUAGCAACACUAUCAGUCCAGCCCGUGCAACCAAAACAGUCCACUAA